GCCGCCGCCGCGUCCCGUGACGGUGCGCGAGGGAUGCGCGGGGCGGGAGCGCGCGGGGCGGGGGAUGCGCGGGGCCGGGAGCGCGCACGGUGCGGGGAAUGCGCGGGGGAUGCGCGGGGCGCAGGUGUGGAACCAUGUCCGGCUUCCUGGAGAGCCUGCGCUGCUCCGAGUGCGUGGACUGGGGCGAGAAGCGCAACACCAUCGCCUCCGUGGCCGCGGGGGUGCUGUUUUUCACGGGCUGGUGGAUCAUCAUCGAUGCUGCUGUGAAAUACCCUCAAGUGGAAGAUUUCAACCACUCCUACCACGCCUGUGGGGUCAUAGCCACCAUUGCAUUCCUGAUGAUCAACGCCGUGUCCAACGGGCAGGUGCGGGGGGACAGCUACAGCGAGGGCUGCCUGGGCCAGACAGGGGCUCGGAUCUGGCUCUUCAUUGGUUUCAUGAUGGCUUUUGGGUCCCUCAUUGCUUCCAUGUGGAUCCUUUUUGGGGGAUAUGUGGUUAAAGAAAAACCAGUGGUGUACCCAGGAAUAGCUGUGUUUUUCCAGAAUGCAUUCAUCUUUUUUGGGGGCCUGGUGUUCAAGUUUGGUCGCACAGAGGAUUUGUGGCAGUGAAACCCCCCUGGGCUUGACCUGCACCCCCCAGAGUUUUGUAAAACCAUUUUGUAAAACCUUCCAUCGUGUCUAAAGAGAAAUCAAGGCCAGCUGAGUGCACUAAAUCCAGCUCUAUUCUGGUUAUUUUUUUUACUCUUGUACGUCCACUUGAGUGUUGUGGUGUUUUUGAGAAAUGUAAAAUUGCUACAAACAACGUGGAGUCACUUUUCUAAAAUGCUGUUUGUUACAAAUAAAAGGAGAGUGGAAUAUGGAUGUAUUUAACCAGCUGUUUCUAUGAUGUUAUUUACAAUCCAAAACUUACUAAAACUGCAUUAAAACAACCUUUGAACAGA